AUGAACAAUGCAGUUUUUAAAAUUAUUCUCGAACUAUCAGUAAUUGCAAUAGUAGCUGAAUGCCGAAAAGUCGACAACCACAACGUAGGGUGCAUAAAAUGCCACCCUCUGGAUAAAAAUAAAAUAAACGUGCAUUUGAUACCCCAUUCGCACGACGACGUAGGCUGGUUGAAAACCCUCGAUGAAUAUUAUUACGGAGUUAACACCGGCCAGAUUAGUGUUAGAUUAAUUAUAUCUUCAGUAGUAGAAGCUCUGAAGAGAAACCCGGAUAGAAGGUACAUCCAAGUGGAAACGGCGUAUUUCCACAAAUGGUGGAAAGACAACGAAGACAUGAGGACAGAAUUCAAGCAACUGGUCGAUAGGGGUCAAAUCGAGAUGGUGAACGGCGCUUGGUCGAUGAACGACGAAGCCUGCGUUAACUACCAAUCGAUCAUCGAUCAAUUCACCUUUGGAUUACGGAAAAUCGAGGAAAGCGUCGGGAAAUGCGGAAGGCCCCGCGUCGGCUGGCAGAUCGAUCCGUUCGGGCACAGCAGAGAGCACGCUUCCAUUCUGUCGCAAAUGGGAUUCGAUGGGGUCCUGUUCGCCAGGAUGGAUCACGACGACAAGAGCGCCAGACAGGCCAAAGGGCAGCUCAAUUUUUUGUGGCACGGCAGCGCCAAUUUAGAGGACAGUACGAUAUUCGCCGGUUGUUUUCCCACCUCCUCGUAUAGCGAACCGGAUUCUUUUUGCUGGGAUAUCAACUGCGGGGACGAUCAAAUCGUCGAUAAUCCUAACAGUACCAUUUACAACAUCAAGAAAAAGGUGGACCAAUUUACCAAAAUACUAAAGAACUUCACCAAUUACUACCCACCAGGCACCAAAAACAUCAUAGUACCAAUGGGAGGAGAUUUUCACUUCCAAGCAGCUGGUUACAAUUUCCUCAACAUGGACAAACUGAUUAAAGGAUUUUCAGAGUAUAACAGCGAGUUUAAUGUUAUCUACUCGACGCCAUCUUGCUACAUCAAAGCUAUAAACGAAGCUGCACCGGCGCUGAAACUCAAAACUGACGACUUCUUUCCCUACAGCGACCAAAACUACGCCUUCUGGGCAGGUUACUUCACCUCCAGGCCGACUGUAAAGCGAUCAGAGCGCGUAGGACACAACAUAUUACAAGCUGCUAAACGAAUACACGCCUUGAGUCCCCAACACUUCAACGAUGGUGAGUUGGAGGAAUUGAAGAUGUCCAUGGGCGCUCUGCAGCAUCACGACGCUAUCACAGGCACCCAACAACAACACGUCGCCGACGAUUACAUUAGAAUGCUCUCAGCAGGUAUCAGAAAAGCUGAAGCACCGCUUGGAAAUAUCAUUAGCGACAUCUUAAAUUCCAACUUAACAUUGGAAUUGUCCUCGUGCCAGCUGGCGAACAUGAGCAUCUGCAACGUCUCCCAGAACAGCGACAACUUCGUGAUUGCGGUGUACAAUCCGCUGGGAUGGGCCGUUACUCACCACGUUCGAUUGCCCGUAAAGGAAGGAAUUUACGAAAUAAACGGGCCGGAUGGAGCGGAAAUUUACGACCUGACGGAGACGCUGUUUUCGUUCGAUUACGUCCGGAUAAAAGGGGAGAAGCCGAGCACGUACGAGCUGCUGUUCGCCGCCAAAGACGUGCCCGCGAUGGGCCUGAAGGUGUACCACGUGGCGAGGAAAUCGACCGGGACGGCGACUUCCGAGCAAUUGUUGCGAAGUUCCAACGUGUUCGAGAUGGAUAAGGAGAGCGGGUUGCUGAAGUCGGUCACUGUGAACGAUGUGGCGCUCAAUGUUACGCAGAAAUUCCAUUUCUAUCAAAGCCACGAUGGGUUUUCCGAGGUAUCAGACGUCGCUUCUGGCGCUUAUAUAUUCAGACCGUUCAAAAAUACUCCGACUGUUUUCGAAAACGCCACCAUCCUGCGAAAAUUUUCCGGUAACUUGGUAGAAGAAGUGCACCAGAAAUGGGAGAACACAUACGCUAACAUCUACCAAAGCAUCAGAUGGUACAAGAACGAAAAUUACGUAGAAUUCGAUUGGAUCGUUGGUAACAUAGACUUAGACCACAUGACAUUCGGUAAAGAAAUAAUCAGCAGAUUCAGUAUCAAAGAUUUCGACAAUCAAGGCGUCUUCUACACGGAUUCUAACGGUCGAGAAAUGCUGAGGAGAGUUAAAAACAAACGACCUACAUACAAAUAUAACAUCACUCAAGAACCGGUGGCCAGUAAUUACUAUCCCGUAACGUCCAGAAUAGUUAUAAAGGACGAGAGAAGAGGAUUGCGAGCGGCCAUCUUGACCGAUCGCUCCCAAGGAGGCACCAGCUUAAACAAAGGGGAAAUCGAACUGAUGGUGCACAGGAGGUUGAUUUUCGACGAUGAAAGAGGCGUGGGGGAAUCCCUCGACGAGUUCGAAUUCGAAACUCCGCUCUACGCAAGAGGAACUCACUACUUGGUGUUCGGACCUGCUAAAAAACCGAACAAAGAUGGAAGAACCACGGCUGCGCACGAAAGAAUCCUAGCGCAAAAGAAGCUUCUCCAGCCUUGGGUGGGCUUGUCGAGGACAGAUUUGAGUUUCGAAGAACUCAAAGACCAAAUGCAACUUUCGUACGAACCUUUGGAAAAUAACCUACCCCCCAGCAUCAACAUCUUAUCGCUCGAACCGUGGACAAGCGGCUCGCUUUUGUUGAGAUUGGAACACAUCAUGGAGAAAGACGACGACGCCGUUUUAUCUCUACCGAUGAAAAUCGAAAAUAUCCAAGAACUCUUUAAAGACAUUGAGAUAACCGGCGUGACAGAGACAACAUUGUCUGCUCACUUGACUCUGGAGGAACUGGAAGAGCGAGGCGUGUACACCUGGAAAUCUGAGGAUGGAACGAGCCAUGCGAAGCAAAUCAAUAUUUUGGAUAGCGAGCGAGAGAUAGUUUUGUGUCCAAUGGAAAUUCGUACGUUUAUUUUAAAAACUAAUAGGUCGGAAACAUCUGGAUCGUCGAUGAAUUAUAUUUGGUCGCCUUCAAUCUUAAUAUCAGUAAUUGUUCUUAUUUGUUGUUAUUAA